AUGGAGGAAGGAAAAGCAAUUGGAAAGAAUGACAAUAAAAAGCGCAAUACUAAGCCACUUGUUUCAAGAUGGAUACAUCGUGGCGGAAGCUUGAUUCGAGAAACACAUAUUGUAGUGCUCAUGCAGUAUGAUAAAGCAGGAAAAAAUGCUUCAUACCAGCGAAAGGUGAAAAAAUAUGUGGAGCAGAACCCUCUAUAUCAUAAGCGCGUGUUUCUUGUACACGGGUCUCCUUUAAUAGAAACGGACUUGAAGAAUGCACAGCUUGAUCGAGCAAUGGCUGUAUUCUUUCUUCCCAACAAAUAUGCCGACGAUGGAAACAAGGAAGAUGCAGCUACGGUGCUGCGUGUUCUAUCGGUGUUUCAGCACAAACAAGAACACACGCAGUUAUUUGCCAUGCUGACCAACUCCGACAACCGUACGCUUCUCGAGGCCGCAGGGAUAAGCAAGGAAAAUUUGGUUUGUGCCGAUGAAAUUCGACUGGGCUUAAUGGGCCUCAGUUGCCGCUGCCCAGGUCUCUCCACCGUCGUUUCAAAUUUGAUUACAAGUCGGAGCGGAGAUUUUUCUGAUGUUGCUCCGAAUAAGGCUGACCUGCUGAAACCCUGGGUGUCCGAGUACAUAUCUGGCGCUGCCAAUGAGAUCUACUCGUGCUGCCUGACGACGCAUUUCCAUGGCAUGAAUUUCAUUCAGGCAACAGUGCUUAUCCACCGUCAGUCGAAUGGUUUGGUACUUCUGAUCGCGGUUGAGUCGGAUGGCAAGAUUGCGUUCAAUCCUGGUCGCUGGUAUCUACUUGCACCAAGCACAACGGCCUAUCUGAUAGCUGAAUCCAUUUCUUCUCUCAAGCCUUUUGCCGGUACACCAACAAUAAGCAGUAUUGCCGCCUUGUCCUUGAACGAGGCAUUUGUACAUAGUCGCGGUAACUUGUUGAGCCGAGUGCGUCAAGCGCAACACACUGUUGAAAGAAGAAUUCCCAAGGAAAUUCGAGAGCACAUUAUGCGUUGUGCCGCUAAUGAUUAUCCAUCUCGGAUCCCGACUUCACCAUCUCGAGAAGUGCUUGCUGGUGGUGGCCACAUUGUCGUUUGCUGUAAUAUUGGCAACGAGAGUGGAGGACAGCGGUCCGUGUCUCGUUUAGUGAAUUUUUUGCGACCGGUUCGAGCUCCACAUAUUGAGCGGAUUGUCCCCGUCAUUAUUGUAGACGCUGGCACUUUUGACACUGUGGCAUGGCUUCAGCUGGAAAACUUCGGUGAGGUGUAUCAUGUGCAUGGAUCACCUCAGAACCACCAUGUUCUUUCUGCUGCUGGUAUUUAUACAGCCUCUUCGAUUGUCGUGCUGGCGCAAGGCAAUGAAGCGGGAUAUGAUGAUUCGAAGGCAAUUUUUAACGCCAUCUUGAUAAACACUGCACUGCAGUGCAACCAGAUCUUCACAAUUAUUGAGCUUCGAGAUGUCAACAACAACCGGUUCUUGGACCCCAUAUCUGGUUUCAGUUUAUCGCGCAAUUUCUAUAGGCGCGGACUUUUGGAGGCCAUCGAUGACGAAUACGAUACCAAAUCGAGAUUUUUUAGCUACCAUGGUCCACUGUUGUCUACAUUGCGCGAGGAUGUCCAAUGUACACGAACUUCGACUGUUAUGGCAAAAAGGAAUUGGGUCCAGCGCAAAUUUUUGGUGGCAAAGUACGCUUGUGCCGCAGUGCAGACAUUUUUUCUUGGUAGUUUGAAAACCGCAGCACAACAAGUAAGUACGUACGGAGCCGAAUCAGACAGCGCAACAAUCGAGAAGCUCUUUAACGGUGACAAUAGCGAGACCUUUUUCCAAGAGCGGUUCAUGAAUGGCGCGUUGUUUCCCUCUUCUGUUGCGGACGACUUGCUGAUUCAAAGUUUCUUUAAUCCGUCGCUGAAUACGUUUAUUCGGAAAAUACUUGAUGGCAAAAGCUGCUUCGUACUAUAUGAUGUCCCGAAAGAACUUCGUGGACGGCAACUGUUGUAUGGAGAGCUCUUUGAAUACAUGACGUCGGGAGUGGCACACGCGCUUCCGAUCGGUUUACUGCGGGCAAAAGGUGGACCUGGAGGUGCUCCGUACCCUUACGUAUACACAUGUCCGUCCGCCGAUAAGGUCGUGUACGCGGGCGACAAGAUUUUCGUGUUAAUUAAUGUUAUGGCUAUUAACCUUCUUGCAGACAAGCUGCAACGUUGCUUCCGAAACCGCACCAAGCCGUCUACAACUUUGGCAGACUUGGUAGAUACGAUUAGUUGGCCAUUGCAAUGA